UUUGCUAGUUAUUUGGUUUUAUUCCAUUCAUUGAACUUUGAAGAAUUUAGCCUAGUGGUGUCAAUUGUGAAUAAUGUGUGGUAGCCCAAGGUUACUAUUUUAUUGAUACAUAGUUUAUGGUUUGAGUGUUCGAUAUCAUAGGCUUUGCAUUAUUUCAAAAUAUAGGCUACUAAAGAAUUUAAGCUAAUAACCAUGGAUCCAGCUUUACUGAGGGAACGUGAACUUUUCAAGAAGAGAGCUUUGUCAACACCCACUGUUGAAAAGAAGAAAAGUGAAACUGUUUCCACUCCUAAAGAUGAGCCAAAGAAAAAGAGUAAACCGUCAUCAUCAACACCAUCUUCUGGAGGUGGUGUCAGCUACAAGUCGAUGGCAGGAAGCUCACAAUACAAGUUUGGUGUUCUUGCCAAGAUAGUGAAGCACAUGAAGUCGAGGCAUCAACAAGGCGAUGAUCAUCCCCUCACCUUGGAAGAGAUACUCGAUGAAACUAAUCAGCUGGACGUUGGCAGCAAAGUCAAACAGUGGUUGAUGGUAGAAGCUCUGGCCAACAACCCCAAGAUUGAGGUUAACCAAGAGGGAAAGUAUAUCUUCAAAGCACCGUUCAAGAUCAAAGACAAGAAGGGACUGCUGAAACUGCUGAAACAGCAUGACCUGAAGGGGUUGGGUGGAAUCAUGUUGGAGGAUGUGCAAGAAUCUCUGCCACAUUGUGAGAAAUCCCUCAAGCACUUAGCAAACGAAAUAGUUUACAUUACAAGGCCAAUGGAUAAGAAGAAAAUAAUGUUUUACAACGAUAAAACAGCAAACAUGUCGAUUGACGAGGAGUUUCAAAAACUAUGGAGAUCAGUGGCUGUCGAAAACAUGGACGACAUGAAAAUUGAAGAAUACUUGGAAAAGCAGGGAAUCAGAUCCAUGCAAGACCACGGUCUGAAGAAAGUAACGCCUGCACACAAGAGAAAGAAGCCGAACCAAAGGAAAAAGCAGCUGAAGAAGCCAAGAGACAACGAACAUUUGGCUGACGUACUUGAAACAUAUGAUGAUAAAUAAACCACAUCGACACUUCAAGUCGGUACUGUGGUGGGGUUCCUGAUUUGUAUUCAAAUCUCCUGUUUUAAACUGAUACAUUUCUGGUUCUACUGUGUAGAGUGGGAAAUGACUAAGAGUUUUGUAAAUAAAUAGUUGAUUUUGUACCAGUUUACUCCAACAUCUGCACCUCUUCUCAAUUAGAAGUUUUAGGCCUCUGGAGACUUCAAAACGAAAGAGUAAAUCGAUCAUGGG